ACCAAAAUCCCGGGCUCAUGAUGGCUACCCCAUCCCUGCUUCCCAGCUGUCCCUGCGCUUGUGCAACUCAACAAGGAGGGGCAAUGAUACUUCUCAGUUUCAACUUCACGGAAGUUAGCACGCUAGCUGUAUGAUCAACGUUGUGUCAAGGUCUGUGCAUCAACUGGUUGUAGGCAUCAACUGUUUCUCACUGAGGGAGGCACAUUUUCUAUGGCCCUUGUCUGUAAUCAGCUUCCGGCAUAAGCUUGCGGCAGCAGUGGUGCAGCUCGAACAGGAAGACGGGCGAAGACUGUAGACACUGAGGAAGUUACUGCUCCGUCACCUCCUCCGGUUCAUCAUGACUGAAUUCUGGGUCUGCUUCAGCUGCUGUAUUGCUGAACAACCUCAACCUAAGAGAAGACGACGAAUUGAUCGAUCAAUGAUUGGGGAGCCCACAAACUUCGUUCAUACCACACAUGUGGGAUCUGGAGAUAUGAACAUUGCGCCAUCUGUUGACUCUGUUCAAGCACAGAUGAGGUCCAAAGGUGGAUACGGAAACGGUGUAUCGGAUGGUGUCCAAAUAUAAUCAAGU